AUGAACCAAGUAACAAGAGUACAAGACCGUAAUGGGCAUUCAGUGGGCCGGACCGGCAACUUCUUUGUGGCAAACGACGGCUAUGGGCUGCAGGAUAUGUGCGAUUAUUGCGCUCAGCAUAUCAAGUACUCUAACUCACUGAGCAUGCAUGCCAUUGUGCAGUUACGCAACCCAUAUCUAAGCCCAAAUAUUCUUUAUUUUGAGGAAACAUAUCAAGUGUCCAUUAGAAAGUUGUCGGUAGGUGGAGAGCCACUUCCAGAUUUCGAUACUUCAUUGCGAUCUCGUGCUGCAUCACUAGAAGGUGAUGAUGAUGAAGACGAAGACAAGAUUGAGGACAAUUAUGGUGAAGAUCGAGACACACAAGCUGAAAAAAUGUCUACACAAUUUUGGUCGCACGCUAAAGAAGAAGUCCUUGAAAACUCAUGGCUGCAGGUUAGUACAAAUAAAUAUGUUGGUACGAACCAUAAGGGAAAUACAUUUUGGGGUAGAGUUACUGAUACAUUUGUCCAAGUUAGACGCUAUAGAAACAGAUGUUGCGAAGAAAGGGUUCAAGGAAUUAAGGAGUCUGAUUUAUUAAAGGAGGGAGAAAUGGAUCCCCUUAGAAGUCGUUGGAAGAGAAUUAAUGCAAGUGUUUCAAAGUUUGUUGGAGCAUAUGCUCAUGCUGAGGCAAGGAGUACAUGCGGUUAA